AAGCUAAGUUUAGUAUUUUUUUUCAUGUUUUCACAAAUGAAAGAUGCGUUAAUGGUACCCUACGUCUCUAUGGUCUUUGCUCUUUGGCCGAUGCUUGGAGGAGUAGUCGCAGAAUGAACCACUAUGACUCGUUACAUGAUUAUUUUGUAAUGGCUCUUAGUGCCGACGUCUGGACCUCUCUUCCAGUGUACUUAACAAUAUCAGUAUCCUACGUCUCUAUGGUCUUUGCCCUUUGGCCGAUGCUUGGAGGAGUAGUCGCAGAAUGA